AUGAGCCAGCUUCAAGUCACAAAGUCUGGACUUGUGGUAAGCGCAGUCAUUUGCAUCUUCAUUUUUCUUUACUUAAGGAAUCCAACUCCUGCGGAACUAAAGAAAGAACCUGUCCAUUCAGAAGUAGUAGAAUGUGGCUUUUACCCAGAUGAACUGUGCUCCGCUUUAUCUGAAGGGAAAGGGGCGGCCCCCCAAAUUGCAAAAUUUUGCAAAACCCCUCAUAAAUCUGAAAUACAUGCUCAUUUACACACUUCUCGGGGGCUGCAUUUCAUAACCAGAUCCCUGUCUACAGAAGAGGGUGAUUUCUCUUUGGCAUAUAUUAUAACUAUUCAUAAGGAGCUGGCCAUGUUUGUGCAGCUUCUCAGAGCUAUUUAUGUACCUCAAAAUGUUUAUUGUAUUCAUGUUGAUGAAAAGGCCCCAAAGAAGUAAAAGACUGCUGUGCAAACCUUGGUUAACUGUUUUGAAAAUGUUUUUAUUUCCUAAGAGAAGAUGGCUUAUGCUGGCUUUACAAGACUACAGGCAGAUAUUAAUUGUAUGAAAGAUCUAGUGCAUUCUAAAUUUCAAUGGAACUAUGUCAUCAAUCUUUGUGGACAGGAUUUUCCCAUCAAAACCAACAGAGAAAUCAUACACUACAUCAGAAGUAAAUGGAAUGAUAAAAAUAUCACUCCUGGAGUAAUCCAACCACCACACAUUAAAUCCAAGACAAGUCAAAGUCAUCUCGAAUUCGUUCCUGAAGAAAACGUCUAUGCACCUCCAAAUAACAGAUUCAAAGACAAACCACUCCAUAACUUCACCAUUUAUUUUGGAAGUGCUUACUAUGUACUUACAAGGAAGUUCGUAGAGUUCAUACUGACUGACAUCCGUGCAAAAGACAUGCUUCAGUGGUUCAAAGAUAUCCACAGCCCAGAGCAACACUACUGGGUGACCCUGAACCAACUAAAAGAUGCUCCAGGUGCUACACCAGAUGCUGGCUGGGAAGGAAAUGUUCGAGCCAUUAAAUGGAAAAGUGAGGAAGGAAAUGUUCACGAUAGAUGUAAAGGCCGCUACGUCCAAGACAUCUGUGUAUACGGACCAGGAGACCUGCCAUGGCUCAUUCAGUCGUCUUCUCUGUUUGCCAACAAAUUCGAACCCUCGACAGACCCGCUUGUAGUUACCUGCUUAGAGCGGCGGCACAGACUUCAAGUGCUGAGGCAGGCAGAAGUUCCCAUAGAGCCACACUGGCAUUUUCAACAGCAGAGUCAUUUCAAUAUGAGACUGAACCGCUAGGGGAGUGUUUGCUUUCUUACUGAGUGGCAUCAUUCUGCUUCCUCGACUUGAAACAAGAGAACAUCGAACCAAAGAAAGUGGGAAGGUGAUUCCUUGAUUCAAAUUAUUCCUAAAGUGAAUUCAGAAACAUGCUAUUGACAAUACUUUACUAUUGAUUACAGGCCACUUUAUAAAAGCGAUAAGCUUUGAGAAAGAAAUCACAAGACCAAAAAAACUCAAGCUACCACUGGUGACAUAUAGCAAUGCACUUAGAAGACCAACUGCUUCAGUAAAAAGCUGCUGAAAACCCAAAUUCUCCAAACACCUGGAUCCAGGCUCAAGCUGAAAUAAGAACGACAUAGCCCGUUUUGAAGACUCAGAUAUUACUGUGUAUGAUAUACUAAGAAAGAACAAACUCCCAGUGAAAAUGGAAAUAUGCUUACCUGAAACAGUCCUCACUGG